ACAGUGUGGCAAAAGAAUCGUUGUGUUGUUUACAUUCUCAUCUUGCGCUGGUUGCCGCUCGAACUUUCGCACGUUUGUCCAAACGCGAUCCUUUUCUCGGGUGAAUUAUAUAGCUGCUGGUGAACAGUGGAAGAUAGUGAGUGUGAUUAGAGAACAGUUCAAAUACUUUUCGCAUUUUAUAAAUCCGCGUGUGCUAGCUAAUACUUCAUCAGUCCGCUAUGGGUACCAAAAGGAAGAAUAUGGAGGACGAAAUGUCUCGGUUCGAGGCAGAGAUCUCAAGCGCAACAGUGUCUUAUAGUGCGAUGCCAGCCCCGGCCCCUCCAGCGGUGCCGGGCAAUCCUUUCAUACCCUCGCAGGUACGAACGGUCAUCGGUUCUCAAACGUACAGCCAGGUACAGCAGAAACUGGCCCAGGUUCCACCCAGGCUACCACCACCGCCCAUGCCUCCCUUUAUGCCAACGUACAGUGCACAACCGCAACCUCUAUUGCCUCAGAAGUCGUACUCUACCGAACCCACGCCGGUUAUCGUCAGCAGUGCACCGAAGCUGUACACCGCCCGGCCUACCGUAGGCAUUGCGACAAAGUCAGAGACAUCUUCGGGUCCAUCGACCAGUGCCGCAUCGGCUGUACAAUCGUACGAUAUAGCAAACAUUCAGUACGAAGUGACUACCAAGAUCAAGAAACCGAAAACGGAAAAGUCUGGACCGAACCCAAUAGCGGAGGAAGCGAUAAAAGCGGCCCGGGCUUCCUCAGCGUUGCAAUCCUUUGGCAACAGCGAACGACGGGGCAAAAAAGACAAAAAACAAACGGUACGCGUAGCCGGCGGACAGACCUGGGAAGACAUGUCGCUGUCGGACUGGCCGGAGGACGAUUUCCGCAUAUUCUGCGGCGAUCUCGGGAACGAUGUGAAUGACGAAUUGCUGACGCGCACCUUCAACAAAUAUCCCUCCUUUCAACGUGCCAAGGUGAUACGCGAUAAGCGUACGAGCAAGAGCAAGGGAUACGGGUUCGUGAGCUUCAAGGACCCGCAGGACUUUAUACGCGCCAUGAAGGAAAUGGACGGACGUUACGUGGGCAGUCGACCAAUCAAGCUACGCAAAAGCACGUGGAAAAAUCGGAGCAUCGAUGUGGUACGGAAGAAGGAAAAGGAAAAGCAAGCGCUACUCAGCCUCUUCAAUCAGAGCUAGUGAACAUCAUCGUGGAGGGAAGCUGUUUGUCAGACGGAUAGCAUUUUAAUUGAUCCUUCUUCGCUGCACGACGUGUACCGCAAGGAUGAUUUGUGUAUGCGUGAUCGAAGCACACGCACGUGAAGUAGGGAAAGUACUUUGAAUCACACUUGGAAAAUCGAUAACAAACCAAUCGGUGUUUGAUGAACAUUUUAUUGCCGAAACUAUGACAACCACUUUAAAUAAAUGAUCUCCUAGCAAA